GUGGGGCUAUAGGCGAGCCGGGACGCUUGGCCGCUGCUUGACUCUCCACCGCACGAUGAACAACGCGCAAGGCGGCAGAAACAACGAUGCUUAUUCCCCUCUCCACCGCACGAUGGAACACCGGCUGCUGGUUGCCGCCCCCUUGUCGAAGAGGCGCCGCCGGCUCCGCAUGCCGCCCGCGAAAACAUCGCGAGGGCUCGCGUGCGCUGCUCCGGCGUCCACGCUCGGGGCGGGCUCGAUAAAGCAAUUAGCGAUUCCAGCCUCAUCCCUAACCAGCCUCGAACUGAUCCCUAUCCCUAAGAUGGGCGAGCAAAAAGCGAGGUCAAUCUCAGGGAUAGGCUCUGAGAAACUGAGGGAGUCCUUAAGAUCGGCAUCGAGGUGAGGUGAUGCCAAACAGAGGGAUAGGGAUAUGUUUCAAACUGGUAAAUCCCCCAGCGUCGGGUCCACUCCCGCUGGAGCUGGGUUUCGCAUUCCUGUACGACCUGCGCGUGCAGCCACCAAGCAUCGACGAGGCGCAGGUGGUCGGCUCGGACCGAGCCGAUGGUGAGCGAAACUGGUGAGCGAAACGGUCGCCUGGGACUGCCAGCCAAGCCUACUCGCGGUGGCUGAACACGCACCCGCAAGCCCGCAAGACCUCGAACCAAGGUCGAAGGUCGCUGGGACUGCGAUAGGCGAAUGAUCCAGCGUUUCCAGGCGACCGUGAGGCGGUCUGCGAGCGCGGGGUCACUCACUGCUUCCUUCCAUGGUCCACUCGAUUACGGGGCCAGAGCUUGCGACGUGGGCGGGGUCCACGCCUUCGCCCAGCAGAACAAGCGGCGUUGAUCGCCCUGCUACGCUGCCGCCGAAAGAGCUGGCCAGUGGUUGGCGCUACGGAGAAGGGGGAGGGGGAGAAGGGGGAGGUUGGGGAGCGCGAAUGCACGAGUGCUUGGGCUGCCGGGGCGGCGCGCGCUAAGCGGCCCUGGCAUCGCAGAGCAAAAUUGCACGCGAAGAUGAAUGGAAAAUCAACGCCUCUUCCGUCCAGCCUUGCUGGAGUGAAUCGCACUGGCCUCUCACACUGCAAAGCCACAUUGAAGCAUCGCGCAGGAAAAACGCAGAACAUGUCAUGUGCUGCCAUGGCUUCGGAAAAGAAAAACCGAGACAACAAU